GGGGUGGUACUGAUGCUGGGUUGCUAUGCGCGUGAUACAUCUGGUCGAUCGUCUGCUAGCGAUGUAACCCUCUCAGUGAUUAUCAGAAAUGAUUCUUCAUUUGUGGGAGUUAGCUCUGGUAUUACUACUGUACUGUCUUCAAGGAGUAUCAUCUAUCAAUUGCUACAUUUGUUCUUCUCUAAAUGGAAGCAACCCAAACUGUCAGGAUCCAUUUAACCCUGCAAUGUCAACUUAUAAAGAGAAGUGCAUGGUUCCAAAACAGGGCCAUGUUGGAAUGUUCCCAGCUAAUUUCUGCAUCAAGAUAGAUGGAAAAAAUGUGGAUACCAAAGAGAUUAUGGUGAUCCGAGCUUGUGUGAUAAAGACAAUGGACUCUCAGUGUGGGGAGUUCAGGUACCAGGAUACUAUGAUGACUGGGUGUAUCCAGUCUUGUGAUUACGAUGGAUGUAACAGAGCUUUUACAAUAACAUCACCUUCAAUUCUGACCAUAUUUGGCCUCGGAUCUCUCUGGCUCCAUAUCACCUGACCCUGACACCUUCACAUCAUAUUUAACAUUUGUAUAUAAACUAUGUUGCAAAAUGUUUUAUCUAGUUAUUAUUCUUUAAUUUUUUUUUUUAAUAGGAACAAAUAUUUGCAAAAUUUAGUUUUCCUUAGUUAAUGAUGAUCUAGAAAAUCAUUUUCAUAAGUUACAGGAUUAAAAAAAAGUAAAUCACUUUUGACAGGUUGAAUAAUAACAUCAGUGAUCGAUUUAAUUUACUAUUUCUGUUGUAUAUUAACCCUUCCAGGGCUAUGGAUGGAUAUAUCCGUCAAUCUUUGUUUACUUUCGGGGCUGAAUACGGAUGUAUCCGUCCCAAGAAAUUUCUUUUCUGGGCUAACGACGAAUAUAACCGUCCAAAAAACAAAUUGAUAUACAAUGUUUAUAAUAUGGUAAUAAACAUCACACUGCAUUAUAAAUGUGUUAUUUUGUUUUUGUGGUUGGCAAUAAUAAUUCCUGCAGCUGUUUCGGCUAUUUUGCACCAUAGAGUGUGUAAGUAAAUAUUGCUGUCACUUUAAACAUGGUUAUUAGUGAGUGAUGUUUACAUUUUGUGUUUAUUGAGCUAAAGUUACUAAUGCAAACGAUCUGAAAUUUGAAGAUGUUAUUGAGAUGCUUAAUAAAAGUAUGUCUGAGUGGGGUUUUAUACUUUGCAGUGAAAAUAUUAGUAUGGAAUGUGAUGUGAUGUAUAUGAUGAACCUGAAGAACAGUCUUUACAUAGUGUAAGUCUUGGGGGGGAAUGGGAUUGAGAUCAUGGGAGCGGAACUGAGUGGUUUAGAUUUACUGUACUUCAGAAUGAGAUACAUUUUUAUGGAUAAAAAAUAAAACAAGGGAAGGAAUAGCCUAAGGUUGACGGAUAUGUCCGUCUGCCGCCCACAAGAAUACUCAAGAUUAUUGGCUUUUUUCAUAUUUUGUGAUUAUCACUAAGGGCGGCAGAUGGAUAUAUCCGCCCACCUUAUGUUUUUUGUGGGCCAAAGACCGAUAUAUCCGUCAAUCAAAUUUUAUUUUCUUCAUAACUUUUGUACAAAAAUUAGUUUAGCCCAAAGGAAAAUCUUUUUAUGACCCAUGGAUAUCUUCAAGUGAAAUUAAUACAAAACACAACCACUUUAGUUUUUAAUUAUGGCAAUACAUAAUUAAGCUCCAGCCCUUCAUUUAAUUUAGCCCUGGAAGGGUUUUAAUAUUAAAGCAUUUUAUAUUAGAUAGGAAAACACCUUUCCUGUAGGAUUAGCGAUAUAUCCAAAUGUGAUGGUUAUGGAAACAAUUUAAUUUUACUUUUGAUUUCUCCCUGUUUUUUAAACCAAGACAAUCCCGCCUGAGUAUUAGCGAUUCUUCAAUACUUUACUGAAUGUAAGAUAUCUUUUGUGGUCCAUUUCGAUCAGUUGUAUAAGUUUAUAAAAUAAAAAUAAAUAAAUAAAUCUUAUAACUCUUUAUUCUAUCAUAACUAUCUUAAGAAAUAUGUUUAUACAAAUUGUACCAACAGAAGGAUUGUUUUAGCAAUAAUUUAGCUUUCAAAAUAAUUUAUAUCUUUCAUAGAUUUGUAAAGUGUAUAUUUCAUAGAUAGAUUUAAGAAAUAAUAAGUUUAACGAGUCAUCCAGUACUGUAUGAUCCAUGAAAGUGUUAUUUUUGAUCAUUUAAAUCUAUAAAACUGUUUAUUAACUAGUGUUAAGAACAAUUAUUUUAUA